AGUGCUGUGAGAGGAGGGAGUGAGGAUGGAGGAGGCGUGACGUUGCUGCCCGCAGAGAGGCCGAGAAGCGAAGCGAAGCCCACUCCAACGGUCCAUGUGAAGCUUUCGGGACCCGAGGAGUGGUGGGGGGCGGGGGUGGGGACGCGACCAGCCGAGCAACCACCCUAACCCCUGCCGGGCCGGACUCCGCAUGGAGCAGCAGCCAUGGAUGCCCACGCACGUCCAGGUGACGGUGCUCCGAGGCCGGGGUCUUCGGAGCAAGGGCAAGCACGGCACCAGCGACGUAUACACCGUCAUCCAGCUAGCCAAGGAGAAGUACUCCACCCGCGUGGUGGAGAAGACCACCGAGCCCGAGUGGCGCGAGGAGUGCUGUUUCGAGCUGCAACCCGGCGUCAUGGAGUCGGACGGCGCCCGGGACCCGGAGCUCGUCCUCACCGUCAUGCACCGCGCGCACAUCGGCCUCGACGUCUUCCUGGGCCAGGCGCUCAUCCAGCUCAGGAAGAUCUUCCACGAGAGCCGCGGCGUCAAAAACCAGUGGUACCGACUUAACUCCAAGACAGGCAAGAAGGAGAAGGAGCGCGGUGACAUUCAAGUCAGUGUCCAGUUCACACGAAACAACCUGACGGCGAGCAUGUACGACCUGGUUAUGAAGGACAAAGGGGGCGCGUCCACCUUCAGCAAACUCAAAGAGCGCAUGCGAGGCAAGCGGCGGUCGGGCGAGGACGACGGCGCUCCUCCGUCGCCGCCGGGUGGUGCUGGCCCAUUGCGCCCCGCUCGCCGCCGUCUGCCCAGCGAUGGCGGCGGCGAGGAGGACUACGAGGACGACGAGGGUGGGGAGCUCCGACGCAGUAAAAUGAGGACCUUCUUCCUGCGCGGCAAGUUGAGAAAGUCGGCCGACACGCGCUCAAGCACGUCGCUGGGAUCGGAGAGCAGCGAGUCGUCAUCGCGGGGCGGCAGCCUCAGCCCCACCGCCGGCAUAAGCGUUGUGGUCUCUGACCUCUCUGACUCGCCCAGCAAUAGCAGCAACCUGACAGCCGACAGCCCAGAGCACACAGAAGACACAUCGCCAAAAUUGUCUCCCUCACGCUGCGACUUAAGCGAGGAGAUGAAGGAAAUCACCGUAGCCGUGCCUCAGCUUCACGUGGGCGUGGCACAAACGGACGAACCGCCUCACCAGAGCGGGAUCUCGGCGGGCCCGGGGGCCUCUUUAGCCCCACGGAAGACUUUGCCGCUCUCGGCGUCCUUGCAGAACCUUCGGCCGCGGGCCUGCGCCGACCCCCUGCACGGCACCGUGGGCGACGGACGCCGCUGGUCUUUCGACGAGGCCGGCGAGGAGGAGAGCGCAGCCAUCGCUGCGGCAAUGGAGAAAAACUGCCCUGUUCUCAGCACCAAACCCAGACUGGUGGCUCCUCCUAAACUCGACCCCAGAAUAGAUUCGCCCUUUUCCCCGUCACACCACUCUAACCCAUUCUGUCCUUCACCACCUAGCAACCCUUUCUUCUCACACGAUCCUUUCUCUGAUUCACCACACGAUCCUUUCCAUGAUACUGCGCCCCCACCUCUGCCCUUUCUUUCCAGUGCCCGUCCUCCCAUUGAGGAACUCUUUCCCAAGGCGGCUCACCCGCUCUCCCAGACUGGGGACUGCCCAACCACAGAAGACUUCUCCAACAACGCUGUCAGGGCUGUACCAACAGCAUCCUUGGGCAGCGAGAAGUCUUCCAACCCUUUCACAUCUGCAGAGGAACCGGAAUGGGACGCGUCCUUCGAAGAGUUUGCGGCUUGCAGGUUGCAAGGACCCAAAGACCAAACAUCUGGUAUCUUGGGUGUCGACCAAAGAGACUGCAGCAGCAAUGAAGGGCCCAAAGAUCAAACAUCUGGCAGCUUAGGUGUCCACCCUUCGGGCCGAAGCAACGAUGAAGGUACUGACUCCCCAAAUCUCAAAAGAUUUAGUUUGAGCAGCUACACGAUGAACUCUCUGGACCCGAUCCCAGAGGAAGCAAGUUCUGAAUACUGCAGCGAAGUCUUCAGCACAUCUUCGGAAUCCUAUCCAAACCCCGAAUGGCAUCAAGUUGACAGCUCUCCUAACAUGCCACCCUGCUACCCAGAUUCGGUUGCUUCGUCAGGCGUCGGGACUUCCGUUGAAGAUGAUUUCCUGUCCUGUAUAUCUUCGUAUUCUGCGUCAGACAAGUUCUCGGCAUGUUCUCCAGACAAAACUGAGCCACAGAGUGUUCCUUCAGGCUCGGAGAUGUUGACCGAAACUGCUGUCAGUCCGAAGGGUUUUAGUUCUACGGAUGAGUUUUCCAAUGAAGACCAACAAAGUGAAGAUUCAGAAUGGUGGGAUUCGGAGGGGUCGCUGGUCUUUACGCCCCCACCGACCAUGUCGACUGCAGUGACGACAGGUUUGGAGGCCGCAGACCCGGACCUUCAGCCAAAAAUCUUCUGGUUUUCUGAUGAUAACAUCCACGGAGGACCUCAGUGUGAAUCCAGUGGACAGGGGUGUCUGUGCAUCCGCACCUCCUCUCCAAGCACUGCCUGUUCCUCAGGAGUGAAGGACAGUUGCUGGGAGUCUCACGGCGAUCUGGACCAGAGCGGGAGCUCAGAGUACUAUCAAAGUUGUCACUCCCUGCCGCCCUUAGAAUGUUCGGGUGUAUCUCAGUCCUCUGAGAAGUUGCAGCCUGAGGACUCAACCAUCCCCGUGGAAGCUGUAGUUGCUUCAAUAAAUCCAGCAGGAUCUACCUUGUUUUACCCGAAGCCGGAAAAUGGACCAGAUACAAAUGAAACAGAUUUCACAGUCUCUCAAGUUCCUCCUGAAACAGACUCGUUUCCGAAGCCUGUUGAAGGUAGUCAGUUCACCGUCCUCAAUGAUAUGUUGGAAGCUCCUCCGUCACAACUCCCAGACACAACCCUCUGCGCCAGAAGCUUUCAGCAAAACAUUGACGACAACUUGCAGUUCUACCAAAACCAGUUUGAGAUAUCCCAGCCCAUUGAGACAUUGGCGUCAGAGAAUUCUACCGUCUUUGGAGAAAGGGGAACCAUUCUGGAAUCCACCAGUGGUUCUGUGAACCUGGAUCGUUCCAUCGAUGAUCCAAACAACCACACUGACUUGUUAUCUCCGGUGACAGAUGACAGAUCUGAUACCCUUCAGCCAGGUUUCGCAUCAGGGGAUGAGAAGACUGCUGAAAUUUUCCCUGUGAGUGCUUCAGAUUGGUAUAAAGAAUCCAUUAUUAGUGAUCAGAAAGACCUUCCACCAGAACUACCCAAAACAUCUCUGAGCACUAGGAACCUUCUCCAAAGCCUCGACAGCAAUUUGGAUUAUCACCAAAGCUCAUUUGGCGUGUCAGACCCCAAUGAGAAGAUACAUUUGGAGAACUCUACCUUUUGUGGGGAGCUAGCAGAGAUUCCGGAACCAGCUUCCAUGAGCCCUGUGGUUUCUACCAGUGAACCAAAGAACCAAGCAGAGUUGUUUUUGGCUGAAGGGAGCAGAUCGGAUACUUUUGAUUUUGGAUUUGUUGCUGGUGAUAAUGGGAGUUCUGAAGUUCUCACCGUAACUCCUACAGACUUGUCUCCAAAGGCCAUUGAUGGCAGUCCAGUCACCGUUCUCGAUGGCAUAAAACUUUCACCAGACUUAUCCCAGAGAACUAGCAGCUUAGUCCGAAACCUUGAUGGUAACUCACAGGACUGUUUAAGUGUAUCCAGGCCUGAGAAGACCUUCUGUGGGGAGCUGGGAGACAUUUUGAAUACUGUCAGUGCUUCAACGAUUUCAGAAGGUGCUUCCAAUGACCCAAAACCACCUGAUUGGUUGUCUCUGGUGACUGAGGACCAGCCAGCUCAUCACCGGUCAGGUCUGACAGCCUGGGAGGAUGAGAGUUCGAAAGGUCUCCCUGCAACUCCCUUAAAUUCUUAUCCAAACCCUGUCGGACGUGAUCAGUUCACGGCUUUUGAUGAUGUAUUUCCCAAAAGCCCUCUGCCACAGCUUCCCGAAAUAUCCCAGAGAACUAGCAACUUACUUCAAAACUUUGAUGGUAACUCACAGGGCUCGUUUAGUGAAUCUGAGCCAGCUGCGAUUCCCGUCCCUGAGAACUGGACUUUCUGUGGGGAACUAGGAGACACUUUCAGUACCGUUAGCGCACCAGCAGGAGGUUCUUCUGAUGACCCAAAACCACCUGAUCGGUUGUCUCUGGUGACCAAGGACUUUUUAGAUCGCCCUGAGUCAGGUUUCACAGCGUGGGAUGAUGGAAGUUCAGGAGUUUUCCCAGAUUCUGAUCCGAACCCCGUCAAAUGCGAUCAGUUCACCACUCUUGAUGACGUGUUUGCCAAACGCCCUCCGUCAAGGUGUGUACCUUCACACCUGUCCUAUCCAAACGAUCAGACGGUCUCCCAAUCCGCGGAGAGGCGUGGCUCGGAGAACUCCGCCUUCUUCGGGGAGCUCGCCGAGAUUUCCCAAGUUACCUGCGAGGGUUCUGCCAGUGGACCAUACUUAAACGCGCACAUACCCGACUGGUUGACCGAGGUAAUGGAGGACCACGGAAGUUCUCAGGUUCUGGACCAAGACCCAUUUAAUACCAAGCCUCCGCUGCAGCGCACACAGUCCGAGACCACACUAGCAUCGGACAUAGACAAGACCCUUCCUCUUUCCUUCUGGAACGAGUCCUGGGCCUUUCCGGCAGUUCCCGCACGCCCUCCUUCUCCUUCCCUUUCCAUUGCCUCUGCCCCCCCAUUAACCUGCCAAGGUAGUUGGUUCUCUUCUUCCCCUUCUCCACUUUUCCCCCUUGCUGAUGCUUCUCAGUUACCCUCCUUGAACCUUCAGGAAGUCCACCAGCAGCGCACCAUCCAUCAGGAGCUCAGCCCCCACCCCGUACGGCCCCUGAGCAGCGGCCCCUCGGUCCUGGAGAAGAUCAAGUCCAGCCUUCAGCCCGGCAAGAGCGGCCAUACCAGUGACAAGAUCCUAACGGAGGGUGCCGGCUCGUACUACCACCUGAGCCACAGCGAGCUGGUGAGUCUAGUGGUGCGACGCGAGGCGGAGUUGGAGCGGCAGAAGGCCCAGUUUGAGCGGCAGCGCGCCCUGCUGGCCAAGCGCGAGGUGGAGCUGCGCAAGCUCAAGCCACAGGUCCGCGACCUGGAGGACUACAUUGACACGCUUUUGGUGCGCAUCAUGGAGCAGAAGCCCACACUCUUGCAGAUUCGCUCCAGGCUCAAAUGACCACCGCUACUCACUCCCCUUUUUGAUAGCCGCCUUUUGCCGGGGUUCUCAAACUUUAGGAUCCAUCCUCAGUUUAUCAAGGAAAUAAUGCUCAACCGCUUCACGCUCUAAUUGACACUUCAAAUUGAAAGUACAGUGGAACCUCUACGUACGAAAUUAAUUGGUUCUGGAAGUAUUUUCGUAAACUGAAGAUUUCUGUAAAAUUCCUGUAUUUUGGACUAUAAGUCGCUGUUAUUUUCAUAGUUUGGCCAUGGGUAUGACAUACAUGUGAAAUUAUUAAAGGGACGACCUGACCACAGUGGAACCUCUUCUUACGAAAUUAAUUGGUUCUGGAAGUAGUAUCGUAAACAGAAAAUUCCCGUAUAAUUCCUGUAUUUUUGGACUAUAAGUUGCUGUUAUUUUCAUGGUUUGGCCAAAGGUACGACUUAUGUGUAAAAUUAUUAAAGGGACGACCUGACCAAAAUGACAUGUAAAUUCUACAGUGAGGGACAAUUUGCACUUUGUUAUUGUAAGCAGAAGGGAAAGGCUUCCUUCCACAAAUAAUGGACCUCAAAUGUUAUGGUGUCAUAAAAAUAUUGAAAUGAUCACGUAACCAAUGUUCCCUCUAAUUUUUUAUGUGUCCGAGCAGACACACAAGCUGACUGAGGACCACUGUGAGCAACAUCAGAUGUGUACACUGUGGCCACACACCAGUAUCGCGCCUGUUUAAAACCUUGGAUCAUAGCAAGUUACAUGGCUUAUUAAAAGAAAGAAAUCUCAGCAGUAAUUUUAGUUUAGUUUUAAUGCAAUUGAUUUGGUACACUUAAAAUGAAAAGGUAAAAAAUCUCGUUCAUGAGAUGUGUACUAUGUUAUAUGCCUGCUUUAACCAUCGGAAAAGUCCUGCUUUGGCCUGGGUAAGGUCCAGUUGUGGCAUGGGUGAGUUAGUAAAGGAAACGUAAUGAACAACUACAAUGGGAGUGUAUCAAACUCCCACACUCAAACUGUUUAGACAAUAAGGAGACUGAGGAUUCCUAUUGUCUGUGUUUUAGCAGAUACACUGAAAAAAAGUAUCUGGUGGAUUUACUUGAUAAAAUCAUUGUAACAAUUUGCACUUUUAUUAAUACACACAUGAAUAUUAUUAUUAAUAUACAUAUAUAAUAUUAUUAAUAUACACAUGAAAGGUUAAAAAAAAAACACAAAAAUCACUCAGUUUCACCACUUGUUUUUCUAUUUCCACAUACUCCGACAGCUAUUCCAUCUUAAAAGAACCGGAUUUCAUUUUUUACUUUUGCUUGAUGAGUACUGCUGCCCGUUCCUUUCGCCAUGAUGAGGGGUUACCAUUUGCGUUUCUUAACUCAGCUGCACCAUAGACUUCACUAUCAGUUGAUGGCACGCUCCUCCAGACAUUGCGCCACGACUUACCGUAGGAGGCCGUGCCAGGCAGCUCAUCAUCGUAGCUUUCACUGUGAUAAACAUGCUGCGUUCUAAUGCCGGAUUAAGGUGGAAAUGGGACGAAAGUUUUAAUGCAUACAAGCAAGCAGGAGUGUCUCGAGUGAUUUGGUCAAGGAUUCAAUUUUUUUUUUUUUUUUUUUUUUUUAAAUAAAACAGAACCAUGCGUGCACUUUGAAACAUUAUAUGAAAAAUGAAUGGGAAAAAAUUGCUAACUUUAGCUUGAAAUAUUUACGUAAAAUGAAUGACAACUGCCCAGUUUUUUGCUUUUAACCAAGAAUCUAGACUGUUUUACGCUCAUAUCUAUAGAAAUUCCGGGAUUUACAUAAUUAUUUACAAGAAUUUUCAACUUAAAAACCGCUACGUUGAAUUUUGUAUCAAUGCACAAUAGGGUAACUACAUUCAAAUAAUCAGGUAAUUUUUGGCCAACUGCCCGUUUUUUGGCAAUUUAGACAUUUUUGCAUUCAUACAAAAAAAAAAAAAAACGGCUUUUACGUGUUUUAUGUAACAUUUCAAUCUAAAAACCACAAGGACCCAAUUGCCGGCAAGACGUGGUAAGACAAUAAUGACAUUGGAAUUCAACCUAAAUGAGUUGUGAUAGUAUAUAGAAAAAUGCCAAAAUUUGCUUUUGUUGAGUAAAAUUAAGAUGGUUUUGCAUGCUUUACUGAAGUAUUAAGUUUCUGAUGUGAAAAUUGAGUGAUUUUUUUUUUUUUUUUUUUUUUCGAAAACGUCAAAAUUGCACUGAAUAAAUAAGUUGCUAUUUCGGGCAAAAAGUUAUAGGAUAUGUCAAAUAUUGCUAUUGAUCCUGAAAUAGGUGUUUAUCUCUGCAUUUGAUUUUUGUGCAUCUAGUUUAAAAUCUGAUAAUUUUAUAGCCAUCAGUUUUGUUAUAUAAAAAAAUAAUUAAUUGGGAUUAUAUUAGGGAACGACUUUGAAUUUUUUGAUGCCGCUGCUCAUGGAGACUCAUAUGCCUAAGGGAGGUGCCUGUUUUGAUUUUAGGUCACUAGCGACUUUGGUUUUGAAAAUAUUUGAAUUUGAACUUUUUGAAAAUAGGCCCCCUACGGAGCGGCCCCGCGCCAUGUUUCCUGUCAACUCAUAGUGAAGUACAGGGGUGCCCAAUCCCGGUCCUCGAGAGCCCCUAUCCAGCUUGUUUUCCAUGUCUCACUGCUCUAACACACCUGAAUCAACUAAUCAGGAUCUUUAUCAGGCUGCUGCAGAGCUUGCUGAUGAACUGAUCAUUUGUCUAUAAGAAGUCUAUAGCUGCCCUUUUGUUAGCUAGCUAAUGUGCCUGGCGCGUUUGGGCAGUGCAAAUUAGAGAUGGACCAAUUAACGGCCAGGCCAAUGAUCAGCAUCGACAUUUGGAAAUGUGACGUAUAUCGUAUCGGCAUUUUUUUGUUUCUUUUUUAAAUCCGACCGGCCAAUAGGGGAAAAAAAUAUUUCAAACAGGGGUUUUAUACUUGUUAUUUCUAUCAUUAGACCUGAUUUAAUAUUCAUAGUUAUAUAUUUUAUGUGGAAAAAUUUCAGAGAACUAUUUAAAAUUUAUUCAACUUUAUAAGAGCUGUUUCUGAGUAGGAAAUUCAGGCACAUCUGGAGCUUCCAAUUGUGUGAUUCAAUAAACAUGCUUUAGGCAUUACAAUGAAGAUCAGUGCUUGGAUUAUUCAAUUGUUUUACGCCAAUUUUUACACUUUUCCUGCAAAUGAAUAUUGGCUCCAAGAAUUGGUUAUCGGCCCCUCUAACUACUAAUAAUCGAUAUCGGUCCUGAAACACCCAUAUCUGUCGAUCUCUAGUGUACAUGCAAACACUUAUUGGCUGUGUAGCGUAAGUGAAGUGAACUUUAUCGUAUUAUUGGCCUAUUAUUGAUUUGGUCUAUUUUAGAUUAUAUCAGUUCUACUAAUAAAUAUGAAUUAAUACCGUAACGCUUGCGAAAAUUGGCAGUUGAAUGUUGCUUCAUUUAAUCAGCAUAGGAGUCAAGCUGACUUUUCACUCUUUAUAUUUUUUCCGCACCCACCCAGGUCAUGCACCUCACAACUAUAUACAAUCGUUGUGUAGUAACCCACCAAUGGGAGCGUUGCGUUGCCAUAUUGAACGUACUAAUAGGAGCGUAACGCUAACACAUCUCUACGGCGCAGACAGUGGUCCUGGUGAUGCUACAAUAUGUUUCAGUUGAAUUUUAUUUUGUGAAUUGUAUAGAUUUUCUUGUGCGCCGAGUACGUGCAAGCAAUGCACACAGGCGCAGUUAAGAGGGGAUGUUGCACGUAACAAAAUAGACAAAUAUAUAGUGGGGAGAACAAGUAUUUGAUACACUGCCAAUAGGUUUUCCCAUUGGCAGUGUAUCAAAUACUUGUUCUCCCCACUGUAUAUGGCAAAAAACACAGGUGACUUGAAGUUCCGCUCUAAGACCCCCAAUUUGGCCAAAUUUCAAAAUUGGCCAAUAUGCAUGUGUGAUACAUCAUUGGAAAGCUUAAAAUCUCAAUUUUUCUGGGGGAAUAAAAAUUUUGAACAGGAGGGCAUUUUAAAAAAAAUGUUUUUUAAACAUCAAAACCCUAUCUGGAGGUGAGAGCACGCGAGAGCAGAAAUACAGACACCGUGUCUUUAAUGAUAUAUUAUCGCGUACUUACCUCUAUUGGAUCCAAAAACUCCAUGUAGCAUGUAUCACUGAGUGUCAAGACACAGCUGUGAAUGGCCACGGAUGGAUUUUUGGGGAUUUUAUGGGUGAAACAUGGUCAUAUAACAAGGGUCGCGAUGCAGAUAUCGCAGACAUCAAGGAGUGGUUGAGAUGUUCUCUUUUGUAUAUUUAUCCUUUUAAACUUUUUUUGGGUGGGGGGGGGUCAAUUAUUUAUCAUCUAACAUAUCGGAGAUAAUGCGACAGUAACAUAAAAAAUACAAUUAAGUGAUAGUUAUGACGUAGAUAUCCGUGACUUUUUUUACAGACGCCAUUUUUUUCAUUGUGUCAUAAUUUGUUUAAAAGUUUAAAACGUGAGUGAAUUUUUUUAAAGUCUUUUUUUAAACAAAAUAUGAGACAUCAAUUAAUGAUUCUAAGCUGAAAAAUGACAGACAUUUUGAAUAAUAAAUACAAUUAAUUACCUUCGUUUUAUGGCUGUGUUGAAACAAAAGUGGUUGCGCGACGUCUGUAAACGGGGGUUUUCAGGGUAAAACGAACAAAUUAAAAAUAGUUCGGGGGCUUAAUGCGCCAUGAAUCUGCUAUGGCAGCAUAUAGACAUAUUGUUCUAUAAAACAUAACAGUUGUUUUGGCUAAAAAUACAGCAGUUUCUUUUAAAGAGGACUGCAAGAGCAGAAACGGCUUUUUCAGUCUUGUCUGUGUUUUCCGCGAUAUACAAAAUAGAAUAACAAGUCUUGAAACAACCGGAGAAAUAAUUGAAUUAAUGAAGAAUUUAUUAGCACAGAACAUGAACUGUGAACGUUAUUUACAGCACCACAAUGCAUGCUGGGAGGCAUGAGACUGUUCUUAUUGGUAUGUUCAGCCGGCAAAGAUUAAUGGAUAGUUUGUUAGGACGCCGUUACGGAGCAUUGUCACGUUCACUGCUGCGUUUCUUUGGAGACUCGAGAGCAGCCUGUGGAUGUGACAAUUUUUGGCUUUGUAUUUUAUCAAAUGUAUUUCCCCAACAAAAUUCAACCCUUGAGCGACUUAUAGUCUGGAAAAUACAGUACAUAAAAUAUUGGAGGAAUACAUAAUGUAAAAUUGCUGGAAAAAAAUUAAAUUGGAAAAAAGUACACCUAAAAAUGUUCCUGUUGAUUUCUGGGUCACGACCUGAUGAGGUUAUUUUAGUGCGGUAUCGGUACAAAUACCGAUACUAGCAUCGUUAUCGACGCAACACGACUUAAGAUACAAGUCGAAUUCAUUUUCUGGCAAAUCGAUCAAACGAUCGCUGCCAAAUGAUUGGACGUCUGUAGCCAUCAAUGGCGGCCAUAGUUAAUUUAUGAUAAAAAACCGUUAAUCGGGUGGUAUUUAGAGGCAUGGCUGUUUUGCAAAUUCUACUAUGUUCCCAAAAUGACGGGUUGCCGUCCUCGGGUGGGGGGGCACAGAGAUCCCAGUUUGAGAACGCCCAUUUAGCUCACCGCAUGUUAAUAGCAUAAAAUGCCUCUCCUGCCGACCGUAGGAACCGACGUGUGUUUUGGCGUCACUGCGAGUAGACGUACAAUACAUGUGACUCUGCACUUAUAGUUACCGUGCAAAUGGAAAGUUUUCACAGUGUUGAUUAUUUUUCCUGGGUGUCUUCCUGUUUAUUUUGGUCACUUCCUGUUGAUAUGCAAAUGAGCAAAACUGAUUUCACUUUCCCACUUUCCAUGUAAGGCUGCACCGUGUAAAGCACUGUGAUGACUUUCCAGCUGUGCGGGCUACCGUGUCUUCCAUUUUGAAAGCUUUCUAUUGAGCCGAAUGUAUUUUCGCGUGUCGGGAAGGAACGUCGACAAGCCCAAUUGACGCCAUUCUGUUUCACACAGUUUUGUAUAUUUAAUAAACAAGUGUUUCUUCCUCACCUUAUAUUGGCCUCCGAGUCUUUCGUUGUGCUGUAUUUUUGUCCUUUUUAAUUCAUUACGUAUAUAAGCCUAUUGAUGCCUGAAUUUACAUUUAACAAAUAGACAUCCAAUCCAUUAUGACUGGGCGUGGCAAAUGAAUUUUCGUUCAGGGAAAGUGCCUGAGCA